CAUUUUUCAAAUCAGAGAGAGACGAAGCCGAAGAAGUUUCUCUCUCCUCAGCUCAGUCCUUCAUCUUCUUCAAAGGUAAAACCCUACCCUAGUUUACAGAUUUUGAUUUCUUUCUUCAUCGUUAAACCCUAGAAAUCCAUCGUCAUGGAGUGGAAUGCAGAAACCCUAAAAAUCUUAUCAGAAUGUUUCUUACACACACUAUCACCAAAUCAUGAACCUCGUAGACAAGCUGAAUCAUACUUAUCAGAAGCAUCUGAUAAACCUAAUUUCGGUCUCGCCGUUCUUCGUUUAGUUGCUGAGACGAACAUCGAUGAUCAGAUCCGUAUUUCUGCUGCUGUUAAUUUCAAAAAUCAUCUUAAAUCGAGAUGGAUUUCGGUAGAAACGAACAAGAAUCACCGUGGUAAUAACAAUCCUGAUGCUCCUGUUUUGUCUCCAAUUGAUGAUACUGAGAAGGAACAGAUUAAACAGUUGAUUUUGCCAUUGAUGUUGUCUGCUUCGCCGAGGAUACAGAGUCAGUUGAGUGAAGCGUUGGUUGUGAUUGGGAAACAUGAUUUUCCUAAAGCUUGGCCUGCGUUGUUACCUCAGAUUGUUACGAGUUUGAGACAAGGUAUGGAGAAUAAUGAUUAUGUUACUGUUAAUGGGAUUUUAGGUACUGCGAAUUCGAUUUUUAAGAAGUUUAGGUAUCAGUAUAAGACGAAUGAUUUGUUGCUUGAUUUGAAAUAUUGUCUUGAUGGUUUGGCUGCGCCGUUGCUUGAGGUUUUUAUGAGGACUGCCAAUGUGAUUGAUAGUAUGGUUGGUGGUGGUGCUGUUACCGCUGCCAAUCUGAAACCACUUAUGGAGAGUCAGAGGCUUUGUUGUAGGAUUUUCUUUAGUUUGAAUUUUAUGGAAAUACCUGAGUUUUUUGAAGAUCAUAUGAAGGAGUGGAUGGGGGAGUUUAAGAAGUAUUUGACUAGUACUUAUCCUGCUCUGGAAGGUGGUGGUGGUGAUGGUUUGGCACUUGUGGAUGAUCUUAGAGCUGCAGUAUGUGAGAAUAUUAGUUUAUAUUUGGAGAGGUAUGAGGAGGAGUUUGCAGGUUACUUGAAGGAUUUUGCACUUGCAGUUUGGACACUUUUGGUUGGGGUUUCAUCGGCGACAGGUCGUGACAGGUUAACUAUUACCGCGAUUAAGUUUUUGACUACAAUCAGUACGAGUGUACACCACAACUUGUUUGCCGGAGCUGAUGUAUUGCAGCAGAUUUGUCAGUCUAUUGUGAUUCCGAAUGCAAGAUUAAGGGAAGAGGAUGAGGAGUUGUUUGAGUUCAAUUACGUGGAGUUUGUUCGGAGGGAUAUUGAGGGGAGUGAUGUUGACACUAGGAGGAGGAUAGCAUGUGAGUUACUCAAAGGAAUUGCCACCAACUAUAAAACAGAAGUUCAAUCCAUUGUUGUGGAACAAAUUAAAAAUAUGUUGGCUGUUUUUAAUGCAAAUCCAGCUGAGAAUUGGCGGGAUAAGGAUUGUGCUAUUUACUUGGUUGUUUCCCUUGCAACAAGAAAGGCUGGAGGAACUUCUGCCUCAACUGAUCUUGUCGAUGUCGGUGAAUUUUUUGGAUCAGUUAUUAUCCCAGAGAUUCAAAGCCAGUCCGGUUCUGCCAUGUUGAAAGCUGGUGCUUUGAAGUUCUUUACAGUUUUCAGGAAUGAGAUACCGAAGCAGACUGCUGUUGGAUUGAUGGGUGAUGUUGUUCGGUUCCUCGCAUCAGAGUCAAAUGUCGUUCACUCUUACGCUGCAAAUUGUGUUGAAAAGCUCUUGUUAAUCAAGGAUGGAGGGCAGAGGAGGUUUAAUUCCACUGACAUCAACCCCUUCCUUCCGAUUCUCAUGACUAACCUUUUCAAUGCCCUUAAGUUUCCCGAAUCAGAAGAGAAUUCUUAUGUAAUGAAGUGUAUAAUGCGGGUUCUCGGAGUUGCUGAUUUUUCUCAAGAAGUUGCUGGACAUUGUAUUACUGGUUUGACACAUCUUCUCAGCGAGGUUUGCAAAAAUCCGAAGAACCCUGUCUACAAUCACUAUCUGUUUGAGGCAGUAGCGGGUUUGGUUGGGCGGGUGUGUGAGAAGGAUCCUUCUUUGAUACCAACCUUUGAAGCUAGCAUAUUUCCAAUACUCCAAUAUAUUUUGGGCCAGAAUGUCACUGAAUUUUGGCCUUAUGCUUUCCAGCUAUUAGCACAGCUCGUCAAUCUGAAUAAACCACCUCUUCCAGCUAGUUAUAUGUCGAUCUUUGAGCUUCUCCUUGCAACCGAGACAUGGAAGGGACACGCUAACACACCUGCUCUUGUUCAGCUUCUUCAGGCCUAUCUGAAGAAGGCUCCUGAUGAACUGAGCCAAGGGGGUAGGCUUGGCCAAGUGCUCGGGAUAUUUCAAAAGCUCGUCGACAUACCAAGCACAGAAGAGCUAGGGUUUUAUGUGCUGAACACCAUUAUAGAGAACCUCAGGUAUGAUGUGAUCGCACCUUUUGUUACUCACAUCUGGACUGCGCUCUUUACAAAGCUCAUGCAGAGUCCCAAGGUUAAAUUCAUCAAGUGUAUGGUGAUAUAUAUGUCACUAUUUUUGGUCAAGUAUGGACCUCCAGCACUCACUGAUUCAAUCAACGCCAUUCAGAACGAUGGAAAAUUACUUGGUAGUAUAAUCGAGCAGUUUUGGAUACCUCAUCUGAAAUCCAUAAUUGGGACAAUUGAGUUGAAGUUAACUGCUGUUGCUUCGACCAGAUUAAUAUGUGAAUCUACAGUCCUCUUGGAUCCUGCAGCUGCUGCUACUUGGGGGAAAAUGUUGAACAGCAUUGUUACCCUUCUCUCUCGACCAGAAGAAGAAAGGGUUGAUGAAGACCCAGAAGUGCCAGAAAUUGGGGAGAAUGUGGGUUACAGUGCUAGCUUUGUGCGUCUCCACAAUGCUGGAAAGAAAGAUGAAGAUCCUGUUAGUGAUAUAAGGGACCCGAAGGAGUUCUUGGUAAGGUCUUUGGCAAGGCUCUCAGCUAUGAGUCCUGGAAGGUAUCCGACAAUUAUUCAACAGUCUUUGGAUCCAGCCAAUCAAACAGCAUUGCUCCAGCUCUGCAGCACAUACAAUUGCACCAUAGUCUGAGAAUUAUUUUGCAGUAAUAGUAGGUUACAAGAAAAUGAAAAAAAGGCUACUCAAAAAAAAAAAAAUUGGGGUCUGGUGAAUCCUACAAUGCAUUUGUGAGGUGGGAUCGGUUGCUUCUAUACGCUGGAGAUUGCAGUGAACUGGUUCGUGUCACUUGUGUCUCCUAUGCUGAUAGAUAUUGAAGAUUACUGCAGAUCGGGUCGUCAUCAGGUCAUUUUGCAUUUAGUUUGUUGUCAUUUUUCCUACUCAACUUUUUCUCAGUUUCAUAUUUGGAGGGGUUCAAAUAUGCAUAGCACUAUCUUUUUUUACUUGGUGUCUUUUGUAAUGGGAAAAAGGGACAAAAGAGGAAAAAACUGUAUCCCUCCCAAAGUAUAGUGUUGUCGGUGAGUCUGUUAAAUUGAGUCACUUUUAUCUUCAGGGGAAAGUUGUCGUCGAGAGUAUAGAUAGUGUUGUUGAUGAGUUGGUUAGUUUUUGAGGCACUUUUCUUUGGGGAAAAGUUGUCGGAGUCGGUCACCUCAUAUAGUACUGGGCACUUCAUAUGGAAAAUCAUUCAUACAUCUUUUUAGUCUUCUUCACUGUUGUUAUUUCAUCUUUUUGAUUUU